CAUGUGAGUGUGUUGGUUUUUGUUUCUAGUGUUCCUAGAAAAAAUCGGUCACAUAGUAAGAAAUUUGUCUAGUCUGAUGUCUUAGAGACUUUAGAGGGGAAAAAAGAUCAGAAUAUGCUCCCUUAUGGAUGCCCCGUCAUUUUCCUGGAAUAGAAAAGCUGUUCUCUCCCAGGUUUUGGAAAAGAUCCAGGGGUACAGCUGUGGCAGCUGUCGGGGCGUGGAGGGAACCAAGAAUCUGCUGGGACAGCACGUAAAGAUCAAUGCUAUGCCUCUCUGGGACACUUGAGUAGGAAAGGUAACAGCUUCUUCUUAACAUAUCCCAGUUACAGGACUGUGCAAUACUCAGAGCUGAGUAGCAUCAGUGGCUCGGUAACAAAGGGUUAACUAGUCUCCCCCCCCCCCCCCCCACACACACAAAAAGUCCUGAAGUUUGACAUUCCCCAGCAAGGAGGAAUUUUCCAGGCCUAAAUUCAUCUCCUACCAGCAACAGCCCCUUUUUCCAAGUUUGGAAAAUACUGGAAGACUGGAAAUUGCAACAGCAUGAAAGAGAAAGCAGAAUCGAACAAGGAGGACGGGAAAGGUGACACCAUGUCUGUGAUAUACAGCGAGGUGGCUGCCGAUGAGCCAACUACCAACAGCUUCUGGAUGCCCAAUCACUACCAGAACACAGUCAAACGUCUGGAUGAUGGGUAUCGUGUCUGUGACCAGAUUGUAGCCUGUUUCCAGGAACGGGCAAAGAUUGAACGUAACUAUGCUCUGAUGAUAGAUGAAUGGACUCGCAAAUGGCGGCCCCUUGUUGAUGCAGGCCCGGCAUAUGGUACCCUACUCCAUGCAUGGCAAGCUUUCCUGGGGGCUUCUGAGCGGUUAAGCCGCCUACACAUGGAAAUGCAAAGGGCUUUAGUUUCUGAGGAUGCUGGACGUAUCCGAUCCUGGCAGCACGACUCCUAUCACCGCAAGCUCUUUGGGGGCUUCAAGGAGGCUUGCGAGCUAGAAAAUGGUUUCCAGCGGGCUCAGAAACCCUGGACUAAGAAGCUGAAGAAGGCAGAGAAGGCCAAAACUCUUUAUCACAAGGCCUGCCGCAAAGAGUACAUUGCAACACUGCGGGAGAGUGGAAUUCAGAUAGCACCUGGGGCUGAAGUAUCUCCAGAUCGGCAACGUACUUUGCGUGAAGAACAUCAACGUUGUAGCCAAGAAACCAACAAGGUCCGUGAACGUUACGAGAAGGCCCUGCAAGAGCUCGACCGUUGCAGCCCUCGCUACAUAGAAGAAAUGGAGUGUGUGUUUGAGCAGGGGCAGGCUCUGGAGCAGAGACGGAUUGUCUUUCUCAAAAGUGCCUUCCUCGCCCUGCAUCGGCGUCUGGAUAUCACUGCAGAUUCCAGUGUCCAAGCUGUUUAUAGUGACUUGCAUCAGGCCAUUGAGGAGAUAAAUGACCAAGAGGAUCUUAAAUGGUGGCAUAACCGAAAUGGUCCAGGAAUGCCCAUGAACUGGCCAAAAUUUGAGGAUUGGAGUCCUGAUCAUGAGCGGCCACAAAUCAAGAUCAAGAAAACUAAAGAACCAGAGAAAGUGAUACCCUGCAGCAUAACCCCCAUCCAGAGCUGUCCCAAGCCAGCACCUGUGCCAAUAGCAGGCCAGCGGGUUCGUGCUGUGUACGAUUAUAUUGGCCAGGAAGCAGAUGAGCUAAGUUUCAAGGCAGGAGAGCUUCUAACCAAAUUGGAAGAUGAGGAUGAACAAGGCUGGUGCAAAGGAGUGACUGACAGUGGACAUGUGGGCCUCUAUCCUGCCAACUACGUGGAACCCAUACAGGAGAUUGAAAGCACCCUGCCCUGAAGGGCUAGUCAAACUUCACAAGAAGCACAACAAGAAAGAUGUCACACAACCCCACAAAUUCUCUUUAGUCAUAUCUUAAUCCAAAGAUCUGCCAGAUGUGAGAUGGAUGGCAAGUUAGUGAAGUAUGGGAAAUUUGUACGACCCAACCAUACCAUUGUUUCAACACAUCCCUGGAUGACUGAUAUUUGAGGAAGAAAAGUAUUCAGGGGCAACUGAACUCCACCUAUAGAAGUAUACUCCAUCCGUCAAAGUGUGAAAACAAGGCUGAGACAACUAAGUUGAAUUUGUGAACAUCUAUGGAUUUUGUUUAAAUGGUACUUUAUCACCUGUGGAUUUUGGAAAAUAAAUAAAUAAGUGAGGUGGC